GCGUUUUUCUCUGUUUUUCUCAGCACAUUUUCUCGCCUGCAAAUCGCCGCCUCGCUUAUUUUCCUUCGAAAAAUUAUGGCAGGAACUAGAGGUAAGGGUAAGGGUGCAGCAAAGAACACGAAAGAAGCAUUGAAGCCUGUUGAUGACAGAAAGGUAGGAAAGAGGAAGGCAGCUGUUGCAAAAAGCAGCCAGGGGAAAGCUAAGAAGGAAAUGAAGGUGAAGAAAGAUCCGAACAAACCCAAGAGGCCUCCCAGUGCUUUCUUUGUGUUUCUUGAGGAGUUCAGAAGCACUUUCAAGAAAGAAAACCCCAAUGUGAAGGCUGUGUCUGCUGUUGGCAAAGCUGCGGGGGAGAAGUGGAAAUCCAUGCCUGAAGAUGAAAAAUCUGAGUAUGAAGCCAAAGCUGCAAAACGGAAGACUGAAUAUGAAAAGCAAAUGAAUGACUAUAACAAGAAGCAGGAAGAGCAGCAUCAACCUGAGGAUGAGGAGGAAGAUCAAGAGGAUGAGGAGGAAGAAGAUGAUGAUGAUGAUGGUGAUGAUGACGACGAUGCCUGAAAUGGCUUGGCAUAAGAUGGUUUUAUACAUUGCAUAAACACCUGGAUUUGUAUGUUUAUAGUUCAGUCUACUUACAUUGUGUUUUGUAUGACACUAAACUAGCUGCCGUUGCCUUGUAUCUCAUUUCUUAUUGGCAGCGGCUAUCCUUUCUAGUGAAAUUAGUAUUCCUGUUUCCUCUACACAUGAGUUUAUAUUCUCUGAACUCUGUUAACAGUGGAGAUAUGAUUAUGAUUUGCUGCGAAAGAAAUGUAAUUAGCCAUCCAGGGGCAUGGUUA